AAAGAAGAAGAAAAACAGACACCAGAAGAACUGGCAUUUUAUGCUCCAAAUUACUUGUGCUUGGUUAUCUUGGCCAUAAUUCUUUUUUUCCCUUUGGGAGUUGCAGCUUGCUACUUCUGCAAAAAGACGAUAGACGCCAACAAGGAAAGCAAAUGGGAAGAGGCUUACGCCAACUCAGGUCGAACCGGCUGGCUGAGUGUAUUUGGCAUCCUCAUUGGUUUGGGCCUAAUUUAUGGAUUAGCCCUAUAUACCUGAAGACCAGGCCCAGCAUCCCAGGGGUCAAUGCCCUGAAAGAUCUACCCACGAAGACACAAGUCAGCCACCAUGCAAGAAACUCAACAGCUAAGACAUUCCCUACCCAAGAAAUCUACCAACCAAGGAAUUCAACAUCCAACUAACCCAUCAGCCCAGGAAUAUCCAGACCACCUGUUUGCCUUACCUCAGCACAACUGACCUCCAGCAUUGUCUCCAUCCACCUGAGAGACCCAUGUACCAAGAUUCCCUUACUUCCUGGACACUGGGUUGAUCGUCCAAAUACUUAUUUAAGCAAAUAAAAUUGAAGGGAAUAUUCUG